AUGUGCGAGUCGCGGUAUGAUUCAGUGCGGAGCAACAUGUGCCGGCCGUCCACGCAGGCCCUGCGCCUCGCUGCAGUGGUGCUGGUGCCGUGGUAUUUUGGUGCUGCGGUGCAGUGUUUGACGUUGAUGAUCGAUCGUGCAACUGCCAGUUCAUUGCUUGUCGAAAUCAGCUGCGAUAGCUGCGAAUCCAAUUCAUUCAUGUGGGAGUACAAAUCAUCUCCUGAAGAAACUUGGGGCAACCUACCUAGAUUGAUCGACCACUUGUACAAUCCGAAUGCGUUUUACAUCACUAAACUUAAAGAAAAUACGUUGCAUUAUCUACGAGUGCGGUACAAUCCCACUGGACAAUAUUCGAACGAAAUUAAGGAGUGGACAUGCGAAAAGGUGCCGCCGACGGUGAACGGACCUGCGGGUGGCGGAGCGCGGGUCCCGGGCUGGCUGGACGUCCGGUGGACGCGCCCGCAAGAGAGGUGCAAGCGCUUCUACUACUACGACGUGCGCUACCAAUACGCCACGCGACGGGUCUUCUCGCGCACCAUGAGGUUCGGCUACUUCGACGUGUCGCACUCCAAGGCCUACGUCAAGCCCUCACACCCGUGCAGCGGCGGCGACUUCUGCGUGUUGCUGACGGACCACGUGGUCGCUGGGAGCCAUCACCAGAUUGAAAUAGAACGAAUUGGAGGAGAGAAUGAGUCAUCCGGAGAGUUCAGGUUAAGUGGACUUGCUAGCACUGACAAUACUGGAGCUGAGGACUUCAUAGUCUGUCCCGACACAAAGAAAAAAACAGAAGAUUCUUCUUUUGAUGAGGACUAUCGAUCAUGA